AUGGAGUCGGUAAAACAAAGGAUUUUGACCCCUGGCAAGGAGGGAUUGAAGAAUUUUGCUGGAAAAUCCCUUGGUCAACUCUACAGAGUCCUAGAGAAGAGGCAGAAGCCCGGGGACACCAUCGAGCUGACGGAAGAUGGAAAGCCCAUGGAAGUGCCCGAGAAGAAAGCCCCGCUGUGCGACUGUACCUGCUUCGGGCUGCCCCGGAGGUACAUCAUUGCCAUCAUGAGCGGACUGGGAUUCUGCAUUUCCUUCGGGAUCCGAUGUAACUUGGGAGUGGCCAUCGUGGAUAUGGUCAAUAACAGCACCAUACACCGAGGAGGAAAAAUUAUUAAAGAGAAAGCGAAGUUUAAUUGGGAUCCUGAAACAGUUGGCAUGAUCCACGGCUCUUUUUUCUGGGGAUACAUAAUCACCCAAAUCCCCGGCGGGUAUAUCUCGUCCCGGCUGGCAGCUAACAGAGUAUUUGGUGCUGCUAUACUGCUGACAUCCUCCCUCAACAUGUUAAUACCGUCUGCAGCCAGGGUGCACUAUGGGUGUGUCAUCUUUGUUAGGAUCUUGCAGGGCCUUGUAGAGGGGGUCACCUACCCUGCCUGCCACGGCAUUUGGAGCAAGUGGGCCCCCCCAUUAGAAAGAAGUAGGUUAGCAACCACUUCCUUCUGUGGUUCCUAUGCAGGAGCUGUCAUUGCAAUGCCUUUAGCUGGAAUUCUAGUGCAAUAUACUGGGUGGUCUUCUGUGUUCUAUGUGUAUGGGAGCUUUGGUAUAGUCUGGUACAUGUUUUGGCUUUUGGUUUCAUAUGAGAGUCCUGCAAAGCAUCCUACGAUCACAGAUGAAGAAAGAAGAUACAUAGAAGAAAGCAUUGGAGAGAGUGCCAACCUCCUAGGUGCAAUGGAAAAAUACAAAACUCCAUGGAGAAAAUUUUUUACAUCUAUGCCAGUCUAUGCAAUAAUUGUUGCAAACUUCUGUAGAAGCUGGACUUUUUACUUGCUGCUUAUUAGUCAGCCUGCUUACUUUGAGGAAGUCUUUGGAUUUGAAAUAAGCAAGGUGGGUAUCUUAUCCGCUGUGCCGCAUUUAGUGAUGACAAUUAUUGUUCCUAUUGGGGGACAAAUUGCAGACUUUUUAAGAAGCAAGCAGAUUCUUUCAACCACUACUGUGAGAAAGAUAAUGAACUGUGGAGGUUUUGGUAUGGAAGCAACUCUUCUUCUGGUGGUGGGGUAUUCUCACAGUAAAGGAGUGGCUAUUUCAUUCUUAGUGCUUGCUGUAGGCUUUAGUGGAUUUGCCAUAUCUGGAUUCAAUGUCAACCAUUUAGACAUUGCCCCGAGGUAUGCCAGCAUCUUAAUGGGGAUUUCUAAUGGAGUCGGGACCUUGUCUGGAAUGGUUUGCCCUAUAAUUGUAGGAGCAAUGACAAAGAACAAGACACGUGAAGAGUGGCAGUAUGUCUUCCUCAUUGCUGCUUUAGUUCAUUACGGAGGUGUUAUAUUCUAUGGCAUAUUUGCUUCAGGAGAGAAACAACCCUGGGCAGACCCUGAGCAGACAAGUGAAGAGAAAUGUGGCUUUAUUCAUGAAGAUGAACUUGCCGAAGAGACAGGGGACAUUACUCAGAAUUAUGUAAAUUAUGGUACCACCAAGUCUUAUGGUGCUACAACCCAGGUCAACGGUGGCUGGCCUAAUGGUUGGGAGAAAAAAGAGGAAUUUGUACAAGAGGAAGUACAAGACUCAUACAACUACAAGGAAGGAGAUUAUUCAUAA